UGGCUGAGCCAGCAGUGUGCCUGCUGCACUCCACAGCGUCAGCCAAGGAAAUGUCUGACCAGAACGUGCGCAAUGCUGGUUUCACCUCUGCUGGGAUCACAGGAGGCUCGCUUGCUUCCAAAAUGAUGUCCCAGGAAGCAAGAGCUAUGGGGGGAGGUGUGCCUUCCCGAGGUCCUACUUCUACGCUCCAAGAAAUGGGUGCCAGAGGCUCAACCCAUUCAACAGGUUUUACCAGCAGCGGGAUCUCUGGUGGAUCCAAGGCCUCCACAAUGAUGUCCCAGGAGGCCAGGUCUCAUGGAGGUGCAACUCCCAGGGGCAGUACAACUUCCACCGUCCAGUCCAUCUCAAUGGGUGGCAAAGGAGGAAGGCGCUGAAUAAGAAAAAAGUACUGGACCAGAAGCAAGCUCCACAAACAGUUCAUCCCUCACUAAUGGCAUCAUCUGACAGUUUCUGCCCUUCUCUGCUCUCCCCGAUGUUGACAUGAAAGAAAAAGCCUUUCCAUGCACAAAUAAGGAUUCUGUUAAAAUGAUGGAUGCUUGCAGGAAACUGGUUGUCCAGUGUAUUUGUUUUAAUAAAAAAAAAAAAUCCUGAGCUGAUCGUAUUAGUGGAUAUCUGUGUGAAAUAAAUGAUAAUGAAUAAGAAUCCCUACUAA